CAAUCUCAUCACACUCGCGUAUAUCCAGUCCAUCUCUGUUCAUUCUUCAAUCAUUUACCUUUAUUUCCUCGGCCGCGUCAUACAGAGGAGGACAACACCUGUCAGGACACUUAACCAUCCACCUCCACAACCUCCAGGGCGACAGUGAAAAAUGGACUACCAAAACCGGGCUGGAUCGAAAUUUGGCGGCGGCGGAGUGGCUUCACAUUCAGCGACCAACGCCGACCGACGAGAACGACUACGAAAACUCGCUCUCGAGACGAUCGAUCUUGACAAAGACCCAUAUUUCUUCAAGAACCAUGUCGGAUCGUUUGAAUGUCGGCUAUGUCUGACAGUCCAUCAGAACGAUGGAUCAUACCUCGCCCACACUCAGGGUCGCAAACAUCAGACCAACCUCGCUCGACGUGCCGCACGAGAACAGAAAGAGUUACAAAAGGAUGGCCAGAUGCUUGGGGCCGGAAUGAUGGGUGGAGUGCAGGUGCGCAAGAACGUAGUCAAGAUCGGUCGACCAGGAUACAAAAUCACCAAGAUCCGCGAUCCCUUGACAAGACAAGUCGGCUUGUUAUUUCAACUCCUCUACCCCGAAAUCACGCCAGGCGUCGAACCAAAGGUCAGAUUCAUGAGUGCAUUUGAGCAGAAAGUCGAAGAUCCCCCAGACAGGGAUUAUCAGUACUUGUUGGUCGCCGCUGAACCCUACGAGACCUGUGGUUUCAAGCUGCAGAGUCGCGAAGUCGACAGGAGGGAGGGGAAAUACUGGACUUGGUGGGACGCCGACGCAAAGGAGUUUUGGUGUCAGGUUCUCUUCAAGACUGAGCGUGACGAGAGGUAUAGCAAUGUCCCUGGCCUGGCUCCUGCUGGUAAGAGAUAGGCAGACUUUGGAGACAAAAUCACUGCCUCGACACACACAAACUGUACCAACAUCUCAAAAUCAGGAGCAUUCAAAGCGGGAUUCAGGCUAGUCUAGACGUUUUUACAUAUAAUGAUACCCAAUGAGGAUGAU